AUGUCCACGCCAACGCCAUCUAAGCAGACGCCUCCGCCUCCGACGACGACGAAGAGGAGGGGAAAGAGAGCUGCCUCGCCGGAAGAAGACACCACAACCCCUGUCCGCACGGACGAAGCUGCUACCACCACCCGCAAAGGCAACCUGAAUGCAAAUGAAGGAAUCUUCAUCUCCUCGCCGAUCCACGACCGCCAAUCCACGUUCGUGGCGCACUUCCACCCCGCGGCGUCGGGUGUGUUCGAGGUCACGAAGCAGCAAUCCGGCGGAUCCGGGUCGAAACGGGAACUAUCGCUGACAGCGACGGUCAAGCGGCUGCAAGCGCACCCUUCGUUCACCACCGCGAGCCACCGCAUCGUCGCGUGGCGGCGGCGAUCGAGUCAGCAGACCCUCUUCAGCGCGUCCGCGCCCGGAUCCAGCGCCGGCGCGCUCUACGCGACGGGCUCCGAAGACGACGGGGAGAAAUACGCCGGAAAACGUCUCGAGCGCUUGCUGGGUGAUCUGGACGUCGAGGGGGUAGUCGUCGUGGCGCGAUGGUAUGGUGGCGUGUUAUUGGGGCCUGUGCGGUUUACGCAUAUUGAGAGUGUGGCGAGGGAGGCGGUGAGGAAAUGGAGGGAGAGCGUCGGCGGCGGUGGUGGUGCAGGGGUGGGUUCUAAGAGGCGGAGACUUCUUGAUUCCGAUCCCGACAACGACGCUGCUGGUGUUGGUGUUGGUGAGGGUGAUGGUCAUGAUGAUGAUGAAGCUGCCCUCAAAUCCCGCCUCGCCGACCAACUCGCCGAGCGCGACCGCAGCAUCGUCGUGCUAAGAGGGCUGCUGGCGGACAAGACAAAACCCGCAUCAUCCACGACCGAGGAAAAGACACCGUCUUCCCCCGGCCUAGCCAAGAAGAUCGAGUACAGCGAGAUGCCCCUAGUCAAAUUGAAGCAGCUUGAAAAGGCGCGGGAUGCUACGAUCGCGUUUAUCCUGAGGCAGUUGGACAAACUUGAGGAAGAAGAGAAAUCAAAAUGA